UGCUGAAUUUUCAGCAACUUCUACUGCAUCAAGUGGAGCGAAAUGACAGCAUUUUCCAGUAUUCUACUUCUCGCAAGUUUGGCCGUCAUGGCCGCAGCUGGGUCGUCGCCGGCGAAGGCGCCGAAGAGACGGCCCGGAGGGUACGUGGACCCACAGCGAGAUCAGCGCGUACCUCGCGCCUUCUACACCGCGGGCUGGGCCGUGGAAAUCACUGCUGGAGGAAAGAAGAUGGCAGAUCUAGUGGCCAGACGUAACGGAUUUGAGAAUCUCGGAGAGAUUGAUGGUUUAGGAAAUAUAUAUCGCUUUGAUCUGAGAGGAAGGGAGAGACAAAAUGUUCACAGAUACUCUCCAUACGCAGCAAAGACUGUUCGUCUUUCGUCUGAGCCUUCCGUCGGAUUUGUUGAGCAGCAGACGGUUCAACCAAGAACUGCAAAAUCCUACAGAGUACCGACUGAUCCUCUCUUCAGCGACCAGUGGCAGUUGGCAAAUGUCCCACAAAUCUCGUAUGAUGUAAUUGAUGAUGACCGUGAUCCAUCAGACCACUAUCCAACACAUGGAACAUCCUGUGGAGGUAUUGUUGGCGCCCUGAAAAGCAAUGGGAUUUGUGGAGUUGGAAUUGCACCAGAAGUGAAUCUUGGAAGUAUUGCACUUCUUGGUUCAAUGACCGAUAUGAAUGAAGCACGCAGCCUGUCCUACAAGAGGAAUAUUGCAGACAUCUACAGUAACAGCUGGGGACCAUUCGAUAGUGGGGAUAAUGUCGAAGGACCUGGACAUCUGACAUCACUGGCAUUUGAGAGGGGAGCUGCAGAGGGCCGAGAUGGGAAGGGUUCUAUAUUUUUGUGGGCUAAUGGUAAUGGUGGCGAUGAUGAUGACUGUGCUGCUGAUGGCUAUGCAUCCAGUAUAUACACCAUUGCUGUUGGAGCUAUUGGAGUUGAUGGGAGGCGUAGUUUUUUCGAUGAGGUGUGCGCUGCAAAAAUGGUUGUGACGUACGUGACUGAUGCUACUGGAGAAUCUUCCGUGUCUACUACAGCAGUAGAGGGACAGUGUGAUAGCUACUUUGGUGGGACCAGUGCAGCAACUCCCCUUGCUGCAGGAGUUAUUGCCCUCACCCUUGAGGCAAAGUAUGUGGUGGUAAUUACUAGCUACAUGUCUACUUCCUCUGGUGGUUACCAUCUCAUUCACCCCUGUAGCCCAAGUCUGACAUGGAGAGAUGUCCAGUACCUGAUAGUGUACACAGCUAAUCCUCACCUGCCUUCCGGUCCUCUGACACGGAAUGGAGCUGGUCGGGCAGUGAGUCGUCAGUAUGGGUUUGGAGUGAUGGAUGCUGAGGCCAUGGUCACCAGAGCUAGACACUGGGUCAAUGUCCCUUCUCAGGUGGAAGAUUGUGUCACACCUGCUCCAAACUCAGGGUCAGCAACACGUUCAUCGCCACUGGUGAGGAGAUUUGUCUACAGUGGCUCGAUACGAAGUCUGGAACAUGUGGUUGCUAACAUGACUCUAGAAGUAUCGGGUGGUUCACGUCGGGAAAGGGGAGAUAUAGCUGUACAUCUAACGUCACCCAGUGGAACUGUAUCCACUCUUCUUGGUUAUCGUGAAUAUGAUGACUCUCGUGAAGGAUACGUAAACUGGCCAUUUAUGUCCGUCAUGUUCUGGGGAGAAAAUCCAAGUGGGGAGUGGACAUUUAGAAUCACAUCAGCCUCGAGUUCCACUUUAGUUAGUAUGAGUGGUUUAAAAAUUCACUUCUACGGAGUGUCCCAAGUACCACAGGCGGUGACAAACAUUCCUGACCAGUGUCACUCUGACUGCAAAAGAGGGUGUGCUAGAGAGGGCUCCAACUUCUGUGACUCAUGUGACAACCUCCGCAAUGCCUACACUCUGGAGUGUAUCAGUCGGUGUCCCCCAGGCUACACCCCGCACAAUGGCUACUGCUAUAAUUCAUCCCUUCCUGUUGAAGAAUGCAAUUCACCGCUUAAGGUGAAGGAGGAAGCCAAAUGUGCUGAUGCUGGGUUCACAUCCUGCUGCACUGAUGGCAACUGUGAAAUGAGCACUGAAUCCCACCCCGUCACCUGCUUCUGCGAUGCUACCUGCUAUAAAUAUGAUGACUGCUGCAGUGAUAUAGCUGAUAUUGGGUGCUUGCCAAACAGUGAUGUUGGAGUGUGUGGAGUACUUGAGUACAUUACUCUUGGGAACACUGCAGGGGUACAGACAGUGUCACUACCUGAUGUUGAUGACGGUCUAUCUGACACUGUCUCCGUUACUUUCCCUAUGGGAGGUGAUAUUGAAUCCCAAGUCCAAGUACAUACCAACGGGUACUUCACUUUUGAUGGAUAUGAUGACUACAGUCCCUACGACUUUGGUACAGAAAACCGAAGCUUGGUGGCUCCGUUCUUCAGUGACAUUGAUAUAUCUAGUGGGAGAGGUCAAAUCCGAUAUGAGAUUCACACAGAGGCAACUUCCAUGGAGAUACUGUCUAAAGUCAAUCAACUAAUCCAGAAUUGUACCGGGAAACACUUCAGGGGAAAUUGGCUACUAGUCGCAACCUGGGAAGACACCCCGUGGUACGGAGAAACCAUAAAGACGGGUUGUAUGCUAACCACCAAAUUUAUUAGAAGAGGAAGUCCUGACAAGAUUUCCUGCUUGAACACCCCCACCACACCAUGGGUGAACGCCAUAUUUGAGCUUACCAAAAGCAAUAUUGCAGUAAGCGCAGUAAACGAGUGUGAGACUGACAAUGGUGGCUGUGAGCAGAUAUGUACAGACACAUUGGCAUCCUACGAGUGCAGUUGCAGAAAUGGAUACAUUUUGAACAGUGACUCACACAACUGCAGUGCUUUAGUUAAUGAAUGUGUGGACGAAAAUGGUGGCUGUCAGCAGAUGUGUAGUGAUACGGCAGCGUCAUAUGUUUGCUCCUGUCACAAUGGAUUCUCUUUGGCCACUAAUGAACACAGCUGCAAUGAUAUUGAUGAGUGCUCAACUAAUGGGCAUGGAUGUGGAGAUGUCUGCAUUAAUAGUGAGGGAUCAUACUCAUGUGGCUGCAGCGACGGCUAU